AUGGACCAACCAAUCAAGAAAUCAAUGAACAAGCCCGAAGCAGCAGGAAGAAUGGUCCAGUGGGCGAUUGAACUUAGUCAAUUCGACAUCGAGUACCAUCCCAGAACGGUGAUCAAGGCGCAAGCUCUGGCGGACUUUAUCGCAGAGUUCACUCUUCCAAACGAAGACAAGAUUAUCGACGAGGUAGAUAGAUGGACAAUACAAACUGAUGGUUCGUCAGCUCAAAGGAAGGGGGGAGUAGGGGUCGUCAUAACUACCCUUGACGGAGAAGUGCUGAAAUAUGGGGUUCAACUAAGAUUCCCGGCCACCAACAACGAAGCUGAAAACGAGGGGAUACUGACGGGACUGAGGCUUGGAAAGGCACUUGGUGCUAAAAUCUUGUUGAUUCAAAGUGAUUCAAAGCUAGUGAUUGGACAGAUUAGGGGAGAGUACGAAGCAAAGGAAGAAAGGAUGCAGAAAUACCUCAAGCUGACGAAACAUCUGACUCAGGAGUUCGAUAUAGUGGAGUUCGUGCAGAUCCCAAGGAGUCAGAACAUAGGGGCUGACGAAGUCUCAAAGCUAGCGUCAUCAGAAGAAGGGAAGAUUGGCACAGAUCUGGCAAUGAAGGUCCAAAAACACCCCAGCAUUGAAGAAAUUGCAACAUUCACCAUCCAGGGCACAGACAGCUGGAUGACACCCAUAAUAUCCUACCUCCAGGACGGGCACCUCCCUCAAAGCACGGAGGAAGCUAAAAAGAUUAAGAAGAGGGCGGCUAGGUUCACGAUCCUUAAUGACGCCUUAUACAAGAGAGGCUUCUCUAUGCCUUACUUGAAGUGUGUCGACGAAGAAGAGGCCAGAUACAUCCUGGAAGAAAUCCAUGGAGGAAUUUGCGGCGACCACACUGGCCCCAGAUCCCUAGUAAACAAGGUAGUACGAACAGGAUAUUUUUGGCCAACCAUGCAGGUAGACGCGGCUGAGAUCGUCAAGAGGUGCAACAAGUGCCAGCGAUACGGGAAUGUGCAACGGCUUCCAACAGAGAGACUGACGACUAUAGCUUCCCCAUGGCCAUUUGCACAAUGGGGAAUGGACAUCGUCGGCCCGCUACCCUAA